UUGGAGAAAGGAGGAGGAGGAAGAGGUUCAAGGCUCCAUGAUCUGUCUCCUUCCUUCUGCAGCAAUGUUUAUCACUGUGAUGUUUGGAGCUGGUUGCCAGGAGCUGGUGAAUCCCUGGUGUAGCCUGGCAAACUUCACUAUGCAUCUGAAACGGAAGGCUCGGCUUCCCCGAGAAGUAGCCAUUGCCCUCCUGGCUGAGGACGGACACCUGGUGAAGUUAGAAGAGGUCACCGAGGCCCCUUCCAUGGCCUGUUCCCUGCUACAGGAGCAAGGGACCUAUGUCCUGGUACAGGUCAUUAAGGGGAAAGAUGGGUCCCCCGCUCACUAUGAGUCGCUGCUGGACAACCUGGAUGACCAGUAUCCGGAGUUAGCAGAGGAGCUGCGCUGGCUCUCCGGCUUUCCAACCCCAAGCAAUGGUCAGAGAAGACGCCCGGGUAUUCGGCGUGGCCACCGGGAACAAGGUCCCUCUUCAAGGUCUCGAAGGGUCACCUCCCUAUCAGCUAGAAACCGCUAACUGGAGCCAGAGCUGGGUACAGAAAAGCAGGUCCUAUGACCCAGCACACCACAGCCAAGCCGGACUUGGAUCCAAGGAGACAGGCCCUGACCUCUGCUUUAUGAUCUACGGCAAACAGACAGCAAUCGGGGAGGACUCCUCUUUCAGAACCUGGCAUGACGAAGAAGUUGCAUCAGCAAGAAGGGAAAAGGUCACAGACAGGAUGUGAGAGCCCCCGCCCUCCCUCAUCCCCCAUUUGAGUGCAGAGAAAAGGAUACAGGGACAAAACAAGAAGAGUGAAGCCUACAGAUGUUCCUGUGGGCAGAGACAUUAGGCUCCUCUUGAGGGUUCAGGUCCCAGGGGUCACUUGCAAAUGCCUCACCCCUCUCCCCACUUAGGAGUCCCCAGAAUAAUCAAUCUGUCCUUUGUUAUCCGAGAGGCAGAUAAUAGGGUUCCUCCCACCCCAGAGGUUCAAGGACAGAAAGCACAGGGUUACAUAAGAUCCCCCCCCCCACACACACACCUCCUUUCUCCCACCUCCACAUUAACCAGGCAUAGCACAUUAAUGAGACAGCCGUCCGCCUAUCUCCCCUGAUCCCGCCUCCCAGCAGACAGGGCAGUGAGUGGGCACACAGCAGGCUGUGGUCUAAAGUAAACUCUUUUUAAUUGAA